AGGGCCUAUAAAUUUUGAACGAUUUCUUCUCUACUACGCCCCCUCCAGAUCGUUCUCCGUCAAAACAACAAGACAGAGAGUCUCGUUUAUUUUUGGUAGAGGGAUUGUGUAGAAAAGCUACGGUUCUAUUCAAAGUAGCCCGUCUCUACAGAUGGAUCUCUAUUCAAUUCGACGGAAAAACAACAGUUCAAAAAAAGGCUCAAUUUUUCCUCUCGUGAGUCAACUGCUACCGGACGAUGCGCCACAAGGCGAUCCCAUAAGCUCAAAAUUUUGCAUAUUUGAGGGCGAACUUCGCGACGGAGUGGUUGUUGUCUCAAACAAGGAUCACGUCAAGGACAUAUAUUCUGGUGGCUUUUUCGGCAAAGGCAACUGCUCAUAUGGCGAGCCCAAAUUCGAAGCAGGCUCGCACGAUCGCGUUAUGAAAGCUAUAUAUGAAUGCCAAAGUUACCAAAUCGAAGAAACCAAUCAGGCCAUAGCAUCGAUCAGUGACUUCAAAAAGGAAUCUCCCUUUCAGACAACUGAAAACGAAGAAUUGAUUCUCAUACCGGAGGAGGCAUAUUUUCUAGCCUUCGGCUUAGGUGUUCUCAGGGUAAAACGAUCGGGGUCUGAUAUAUCCCUGGAUGAACUCUAUGCAGAUCUUUUUGCUCACAACCACCAGUUUCCAUUACGAUACGCAGCAUAUCACCAUUUUCGACAUAAGGGUUGGGUUGUGCGUCCUGGUGUCAGGAUGGGCGUCGAUUUUCUGUUGUACAAAGAUGGACCACCCUUCACUCACUCAUCGUUUAUGGUCAUAAUUCGAACGGACGAUGACGACGAAAGACUUGCUAUGGAGGAACUAACGGAACACGACCUGGACGUUCUGACACGCAUUUCUGGAACUGUACAAAAGGUUCUCCUGCUAUGUUACGUGUUGCGGCCAAGUAACUCAGUGGAUUUAAGCAUGCCUUCUUGCCUUCGUAAAAUGGAAGUGUGUGAAAUUAUAACAAGUCGUUGGGAGCCUAGCAAAAGAUAACUAGUCCUUG